UUGGAAAGAACAUUUAUACUAUGGCAGUCAUUUCAUCACUACGAUAAGUCUUAAUUUUCUCUGAUGAAAUCGUUGAAACUCGCGUCUUUAUCACAAAAAAACAAAACAAUCAUGCAUUUUGGUUCUUUAAUAGACUUAUUACAGGUCACCUGGAAAUGUGACAAAAAUGGUUGGGGCAAAAAUGUACAUACAGCAGUUCUAAUAUUUGAUUAAACUUUCCCUCUGCCAUUUUAUCCUCAAUUACGCGCUUUUAGUAACUGUCCACAAGUUUCUGGUUGUUUCUUUGAACACUCCUCUUGACAGAAUUUGUACAGUUGAACAUAAUUUGCUGGCUUUCUGACACAGACUUGUGUCUUCAGCAAAGUCCAUAGGUUCUUGAUGGGGUUUAAGUCAAUACUUCGGGGAGGCCAGUGUAGAACCUUAAUUAUAGCAAUUUCUUUGCCACUUUUUAUGUGUGUUUGAGGUCACUGUCAUGUUUAAACACCCAACUAUGUCCAAAAUUCAACCUUCUGAUUGAUCAUUUUAAAUUUUCCUGAAUUUUCAUUUUUCCAUUUAGUUUGUGUAAAGCACCAAUUCCCCUGGCAGCAAAACAGCGCCACAGCAUGAUACUGCCACCAGCAUGCAUGACAGUAGGUUUGGUAUUCUUGGGCUUCAGGGCCUCAUCUUUUCUCAUCCAAACAUAUUGCUGGUCAUUGCAGCCAACUAGCUCAGAUGUUGUUUCAUCUGGUGACACAACUUUCCUCCAGAAUUCUUUUUAACUCUCAGUCUAAUCAAUGUAUCAACUGGGCCCUUUUUAAAUAUUCUCAGAGCAGCAGUCAAAUGUAAUCACUCAAAAGAAGGUAAGAGGCCAUGCCACAAAGAAAACCUGAUUAACACAACUAUGUAUGUAUAAUUUUGAUACAGCAGAUUUUGUCAUAUUUCCAGAAGGCCUGUAGUAAAUCUAUGAAAUAACCAAAAUGCAUGACUGUUUUUCUGUGACGAAGAUGCAUGUGUUUCAAUGAUUCCAUCACAGAAAAUGAAGAAUUGGAAACUCAAGACUGCCAUGAUGUACGUGGUCUUUACAAGUGUAUGAAAAACUUUUGUGCAUGGCUGUAUAUGUACUGUAUAAUCAUGAUACCUCUCCUCUCACUAAUAAUGUAAGUGCUAUUUUCUGUAAAUCAACUUGCUGUUGGUCAGCUGCAGAGUAUUAUAGAAAAUGGGAAUAAGCAGGCAUUCUGACCUGUCAUAGCUCAGUCUAACUAACUACAUAAUGUUCCUUUGUUCAACUUCUGUCACACAGAUAACAGAAGCAGCUAAUUGGUAAAUAUAAUGCAGCAUUUUGCAGCUUUAUCUUGAGUGUUACUGUUGCUCCAUUAAAUAUUCUUCUUGUGGAAGUCUGUGGUCAUGUAGCUAAAAAACAAAUGUUGCUUUGCAUCCCAUAUUAUACUAUAGUUGCUCUGUUCAUUAUUACUGCUGAUUGUUUUAUGUGUUUGUAAUUAACUCAGUUACUUUUGUGGCAUUACAACAUAAGCUGCUCAGUGCAAGUGAAUGUGAAAAGAUGCAAAGUCUUUGCAGCAUUUUAAAAGUUUGCAUUUCCUCAGAUGUUAACAUGAUGCUACUUUGUAUUUAGUUACCUGGAAAAGAUAGAUUUUUAAAAAACAAAACAAAAGAUGGUACUUGUGGUAUAUGCAAAAGUUUGAUCACUCUUUUACUUCAGAACUUCAGACUUACCCUGAUCAGUGAGUUGCUGCUAUUUCAAGCAAUGCUGACAGCAAACGGUUAGAGAAGGGUUGAAUACUACUGUUGUCAUUCAUGUUAGUUCACAUCGAGACAUGAGUUUGAGAUGAACAAAUCUUUUACAUUAUAAUCUGUCUUUCCUUUAUUGUCAGUGUUGCAAAGAAACACUUGUGGCAAACCAAUGCUGCCAAGAAUGCUACUUCAAAAUGGAGAGUGUCAUUUGCUUUAAACCAUUUUUUAGUUUAUGUGCAAGCAGUGUAUUGAACAUGAUUGUGAAUGUUUAGAUUACGCCUUAUCUUUAAAAUGAUUUGAAGUGUCCAAUGUGAGCACACAGUGUUUCUGCAGUAGGAUUUCUUUUAAAAUCAGAAUGCCAUUAUCUUUGUAAUUAUACAUUUUAUUGUCGAUUAUCUCACAUUGUAUUAUCACUGCAAGAUCAGUUACAACUGUCAUCCUUAAUGCAUAAGUUGAAAGUACAUAUAGUAAACCAUGUAUCUGCGCUUGGUUAAACAUUAAUCGACCAGAUAAUUUGUAGUGAUCUAUUGUUAAUGUCUCUGCUCAUGCCGCACUUUGAUUAGGAGUUGCUGCAAGCUGAGCUACACAUCACUAUGAGCAACUUCGGACAGAUCCUGAAGGAGAUUGGGGAGUUUGGUUUGUUUCAGAAAUACUUAAUUAUUGUGUUAUGCAUCCCCAACAUUUAUUCAGCUUUUGAUGUAAUUAGUCAAGUGUUUACCGGCCAGAGCUUCCCACAUCACUGCAACACUGACUGGAUCUUGGAGCGUGGACCCAACCUGACAGAAGAGAGACAAAAGAAUCUCACCAUCCCAGUGAACGAGGAUGGAAGCUUUGAAAGCUGUGAAAUGUUCACACCUGUGGAUUGGGAUUUGGAAGACAUUGAAAAAUAUGGGAUUAACACCACAACAAAAUGCAUGGAUGGAUGGGACUAUGAGGCUGGGCCAGGUGUUUCCACCCUUGUGACAGAGUUUGAUGUGGUUUGUGACAAGAAUGGUUUGAUUGAGGCAUCACAGUCCAUCUAUAUGGCAGGUGUUCUGAUUGGAGCUUUGGUGUUUGGGGCUAUUUCUGACAGGUUUGGCCGACGAAUUGCCAUCCUCCUUGCAAUUUUCCUCCUGUUGGUGUUCAGUGUGGCCACUGCUUUUUCUCCAAACAUCUAUGUGUAUAUGGUUUUUAAGUUUGUCUGUGGGAGCUCAAGCAUUGUCAUUGUCAUGAUUACUUCAGUGCUGGCUGUGGAAUGGAGCGAUCCUUCAAAGUCUGCUCUUUGCACAAUUGUCUUGAUAAUUUGGACGAGUGUUGGACAGAUUUUGUUGUCUGGCACUGCCUAUUUGUUGCGCAAUUGGAGAAUCCUGCAACUGGCAGUCUUCAGCCCUCUUGUCAUUCUUCUUGUUGCUCUUUACUGGUUUCUACCAGAAUCAGCUCGGUGGCUCUUGGCACAUGGCAGGAAGGAAGAAGCCCGAAAGGAGCUCCAGCGAGCAGCCAGGAUCAAUGGGACGAAACUACCAGAAGACCUGCUGGACCAGAUAAAUAUGGAGCGUACAUCUGAAAGAAGAAACAUGUUUGACAUCUUCAAAAUACCGUAUCUGAGAAAAUAUACUCUAAUAAUGGGCUUCAUCUGGUUUGCAGUAAGUCUUCUGUACUAUGGACUGGCUCUGAAUGUUGGCAGUUUUGGCUUGAAUAUCUACCUCACACAGUUUAUUUUUGCUCUUGUUGAAAUUCCUGCAAAUGUUUGUGGAUUGUUUCUAAUUCAACACUUUGGAAGGAGACUAUGUGAAGCGUGUUUCCUGAUCUUUGGGGGUACUGCUUGCCUUGUGGUCCUCGCUGUCCCAAAAGAUCUUCCUGUGGUGGUAACAGCCAUUGCUGUACUGGGGAAAUUUUCUGCUGCUGCUUCUUUCAGCACAGCCUACAUUUAUGCAGCAGAAUUAUACCCGACUGUUUUAAGGCAGAAUGGUGUAGGUCUGAACUCCAUGUGUGCUCGUGUUGCCGGCAUCCUCGCUCCACUGAUCAGGCUGCUGGAGGUUUAUCAUUACACCAUUCCCAUGCUGAUAUAUGGCAUCAUCCCCAUUGCUGCUGGUAGUUUUGGUUUGCUGCUGCCUGAAACCCUCAAUGUUCAACUUCAGGACCACACUGAGUUCAAAAAACCAGCGAAUGGACCAAUGGAGGACAGAGAUCAUGCUGAACAAGUCAUUGAAGAGCACAAACUGUAAUUUGCACUCAAAUCAUAAUCUGACAUUUGUUGUUUCUGUUUUUCUUUAUUGAUCAACAAGCAUGAAAGUAUUAAACAAAAAUUCACUGUAGUAUAAACUUAGUGGAUGAUUAAUUUUUGAAAGAUUUUAUUAUAUUUUGCAGGUAUAUUGCCAAAGAUUAGUUUUUAGUGCACCUGAAAGUGUUACUAACAUGCAGCACAUAAAAACACUUAUGACUGGUUCCAUCAGAAUUUACUCAUCCUCAGUUCAACCACUUUUCUACAGAUAAACAGUACAAAAGGUCCAAGACGGCACGCUUGGCUUCAGGUUUAUUGCUGACUUGUCUGUAUUCUGUUGAACAUGUGAUUUAGUUUUUUUUUUUAUGUAUAUUCUUGUCAUUCAGCAUUAUGACGCAGCUUGUGUAUGAAUCAUGCAGUUCAAAGUGCUUUAUAGACAAGGUACACAGUGUGACUGUCUGGUGCAGAUUAGCGGUGAUUGCUAUUGUCCUACACUAGAAUAAAAGGUGAAAAUGAACUGUCACUGUACACCCUUGGAUUGUAUUGGUUUAAAGAUUAAAUAGCAAGGUCAGAUAGAAUUAUUGCACUGAUAGUAGGGUACGCUGCCCUUGAAAUGAGGAAAUGCUGCAGAUUGAGCCAGACACAUCAGAAACUAGACACUUAGGUUUUAUUUUGUUUUAUUUGUUGCUCUUUGUACACUAGUGAUCCUGAAUUUAUUUUUUCAUACACAAUCGAUGAAAUUAGACAACAUUUUUUGUGAAUUCCUCAGAAAUCUACCAAACAUUUAUGUCAGGUACACAGUAUUGAUUAGAAAAACUACACUCUCAUAAUGGCAGGCAGAAAUAUAUUCUAAACUUGUGAGCAUUCAUUAAAGAGACAUUGCUGAACAUG